AUGCCACCGGGGUCCAGGGCUCCAUCGCUGACCUUCUUAACAAACCAGAAAGCGAUUAUCACAGGCAACAUAGACUCCAUGGAGCAGCUGGCUAAGAAAACCGAGAGACUCGGCAUCUUCGAGACCAGCGAGGCAUCCGAGCCUUCUUCCGGCAAAAAGGACAAAGACCAUUCCAAGGGCCGGGAUCGCCCGUCUGAUCUCGGUUUCGUGAAACGGAGUCCUGAAGAUGUCAUACGUCAUAUCGCCCAAUUCCUUUCUUGA